AUGGCGCCCUCUGCAGGCCUUGGGUACGCGGUGUUCGCUUCUCGCACAGCCAUUAAACCACGUGCGAGCAAGCUGUCCGAGCGGGCUGUACCCGGAAUAGCCCACGAGGCAGACGACCAACCUCCUCGUUGCACGGUGCUUGCUCGUCACUCUGCCUUAGACCAAGCUACAACCCCGAAAUCCGUCUUGAACAACAUAUCCAUAAUUGUCCUGGAGUGGGACAUUGGUGUAUGGGCAAACAUGUCGCUGGUAGACUACGCGGUCGCCCUGGCAGUCGUUGUUACUACAAGCUUUUUGAGCCUCGCGGUGGUCAUCCAGGCAUUCGCAGGAAUUGUACAUGCGAGAUCUGGUUGGGAGAGAGAAGACAUUGGAGAUGCCGUUAACAAUGUGCAGCCAGCGAGCUCUGAAGACUCUGGGCUUGGCGACCUAAGGCCCAGCGACCCACAGUACAAUGACGCGCAGCUGGACGACCUGGUGCGUGCGGGAUUGAGUGAGCCGCAGCCGGUGGAGGAUCUGCAGUCGGCAAGGCGUAGCGACCCGUAUUCCAGCGACCUACUACCGGAGAGAUCCAGCGACCCACAUCCCAGCGACCCACAACCCAACGACCCACAACCUAACGACCCACAACCCAACGACCCACACCCCGGUGACCCACACCCAAGCGACCCAAAUCCCAGCGACCCACAGCCCAGCAACUCACACCCCAUCAGCCCGCAGUCCGGAGAUCCGCAGCCAGCAAGUGCCAGCGACCACGACCUGCAGCUGGUGAAGUCUAGCGACCCGCGCCCGGUGAGAACCAUCGUUGGACAUUCAUCCUACAUAGACUCAUAA